UGUCUCCGCCGCAAACCUGAAGGAGCUCAAGGGCCUCCGAAACAGAGCUCACUGAAACAGCGCUGAGGCUGAGGCUUUACACACAGCACACUGCCUCAUUGUUUUUCUUAUAACUUUUUUGUAGAAUUUUAUGGCUUCUCCUCUGAGAGCGGGCUUCCAUCGUCUGGAGGUCCAAAAAACCUCAUGGGACAUUCCGGACCGGUACACGGCAUUAAAUCCAGUUGGCUCCGGGGCAUAUGGGACUGUGUGCUCUUCUAUUGACCAGAAAACGAAGGAAAAGGUGGCCAUUAAAAAGCUGUACAGACCCUUCCAGUCUCUGAUCCAUGCAAAGCGGGCUUACAGGGAACUCCGACUGUUACGUCACAUCCAACACGACAAUGUGAUCUGCCUUCUGGAUGUUUUCACUCCUGACUCCUCACUGGAAAAAUUCCAGACUUUCUAUUUGGUAAUGCCUUUUGUGGCUCAGGAUCUUAGCCACAUAAUGAAGAGGAGGAGACUCACUGAAAAAGUCAUUGUAUAUUUGUUCUACCAGUUACUCAGAGGACUAAAGUACAUACAUUCUGCUGGAAUCAUUCAUCGGGAUCUGAAACCAAGCAACCUUGCUGUUGAUGAAAACUGUGAAUUAAAGAUAUUGGACUUUGGAUUGGCGAGACAUGCAGAGAUGGAGAUGACUGGCUAUGUUGUGACACGGUGGUAUAGAGCCCCUGAAGUCAUUUUCAACUGGAUGCAUUAUACUCAGACAGUUGACAUAUGGUCUGCUGGUUGCAUCCUGGCUGAGAUGAUCACCGGUGAGGUGCUUUUCCCUGGAAAUGACAGUAUGGACCAACUAAACAUGAUCCUCCAUCUGACGGGAACACCACACUCAUCACUGGUGCAGAAAAUGCAGAGCAAAGAUGCAAGGUUAUAUGUACAGUCUCUCCCAACCCAGAAAAAGAAAGUUCUCAAAGAUGUCUUCCCGUCCAUGGAUUCCAGUGCUGUGAAUCUGCUUGAGAAGACUCUGAUGUUGGACCCUGAAGUCAGACUGACAGCUAAAGAUGGACUGUCUCAUCCUUACCUCUCUGAGUUUCAUGACCCAGAAAAUGAACCUGAAUCUCCCCCUUAUGAUGACUCAUUUGAGAGCCUGGAGCUGGCUGUUAGCGAGUGGAAGAGUCUUAUACACAUGGAGAUAAUGACCUUUGACCCUGACAAUCCUAGACAGACUGCAAUAUAAGAGUUCAUCAUACCCAGGAAAAUGUCGCAAUAUCAAGUCACCUAGUUUAAGCAGCCAUCUUACAGGCGAAAGUUUGUAACUUCUGUUUUCAUCUCAGUGUACCCUGUAAUAUGUUGAUUCAAGAAUUUUUCUUUUUACUCUGAUCCUUUCCAUUAUUUGUAGUUACAUUUCAGGAAAAAAAACCCACUUGUAUUCAUACAGUAAAAUAUUGCUGUGAAAUUGAAAACCACUCAAAAAGCCGUUACACAGUAACAAGUUCUUGUACUUUGGAAGAAGUCGUGAAUAAUCGGUCGGUUGUCAUUUGUUGCCAUUCAGGUGAACUUUACAGGUUUGCGGUUACUGAUAUGUUGUUGUUGUUUUGCACACACAUAUUCAGCCAUUUUAUAGACACGCCUAACUAGCAGCUGUGCAGUUUUAGAUGACAGCUCAUCUCUUAUGCACAGUUUGAGUAAUAAUUCUCUAGGACUUCAUCGUUGUCAACACAAAAUAGAGACAAUAGUGACACGGAGGUGUGGAGCAACACUGCAGCAUGUAUAUGAUCCAUAAAGAUUAGACAAUGAAAACAGUCAUUUCAGUUUUUUAUACAUACAUAAUUAGUCAUUUAAUAAAGUCAGCUUUAAUAAACAAUUAGGGGAGAAUUUUAUGCAGUAUAUAACAUCAUUAAAGAGGCAUUGAAUCUGACCUGAUUUUAAUAUUGAGGUAAAAAAAUUAAAUAAAAUUAAACAACA